AUGACUUCUUUCUUCCGCCGCGAACUCUUGUAUGCAGCAAUUGUCUGCCUUACUCCUCUUGGCUUCGGUUACCUUAUUGGUUACCCAUCUCCAGCCGCAUCAUACUUCCGCAAGGCCUGGGGAGAAGAUUUCCCAGAUAGCAAUUGGGAUCUCUUCGUCGCUAUCAGCCAGCUCACUGGUGCUAUUGGUCCAUACAUUCCUUCAUUACUUUUCAAAUUCGGAUUAGGCCGCCGUCUCGUUACAUCAAUCAUUAACAUCCUUUCAAUCAUCUUCUGUGUUAUCUUAGCAUUUAUGAAUGUUAAAACAUUCUGGAUGGGCUUAGUAAUGCGUGUUCUCCAAGGUUUCAUGCUCGGUGCUUUCUCAUCUCUGGGUCCAUUAUUACUUCUUGAAGUUGCUCCAGCUGAACAAACAGAUCUUCAUUGUCAUUGGUAUUCUUAUUCUCUACCUCAUUGGUGA